AUGCUUUUUAACCUCGGGAAGUUAGUUAAAGGCCUUGGAGCUUUAAUUACCAAGACUGCAAUGCCGCGUCGUGUGGCCGAAGCAGCGUUCGUACAGUAUGAUGAGUGUCCAAAAAAGAGAAUAGCCCCAAAUGGAAAUAAGUUACCAGACCCCAUUCGUGAGGGUGAGAUUCUUACAGAUAGUAGUGGAACAUCUUGGAAACUAGGGAGGUCAAUUGGUAUUGGAGGCUUUGGGGAAAUCUACCUGGCUUCUGAUGAAAUACAUCGAAAUGUGAGUUCUAAUACUCGUUAUGUGAUAAAGGUGGAACAGUAUUCUAAUGGACCUUUAUUUGUUGAGAAGAAUUUCUACAUUAGAACUGCAAAACCUGAACAAAUUGGUGAGUGGCGUCGCCAAAAGAAGUUGAAGCAUUUGGGCAUUUCUCAAUAUUUUGGAUCAGGUUCACACCUAUACAGAGGUGAAAGAUACAGAUUUUUGGUAAUGGAACGAUUUGGUCAAGAUUUGGGAAAAUUAUUUAUUCAGCACAAGAGGCAUUUUCAUGUCAAAACAGUGUUGUACCUUGGAAUACAAAUUUUGGAUGUCUUAGAAUACAUUCAUUGUCAUGGCUUUGUUCAUGCGGAUGUGAAAGCAUCCAAUUUGAUUUUGGGCCGUACACCAGAAAUGCAGAAUUCUGUCUAUUUGGUAGACUUUGGAUUAGCAUGCAAAUACCGUGAAAAGGAUGGUAGUCACAAAGAGUAUCGACCUGAUAACAGGAAAGCACAUGCUGGUACAAUGGAAUAUACAAGCAGAGAUGCACAUGUUGGUGCAUACUCUCGAAGAGCUGAUUUGGAAACCCUUGGAUACAAUCUUCUGCAAUGGUUAUGUGGCCGUCUUCCAUGGGAAGACUCUUUAUCUGAUGGAGAAGCUGUCCAUGCUUGCAAAAACAACAUGAUGUCAAAUCUCUCCCUUUUAAUGAGACAAUGUUUUCCAGAUGGGACUAGAUAUGGCAAUGCUGAUGUAAUUAUUUUUUUCCCAGAUGUUGUGAGCCAAUACCUGAAGUAUGUAUCUGCUUUGACAUUUGAUGCUACUCCAGAUUAUGCAUACUGCCGGAGAUUACUUCGUUCUGGAGUUAAUGGUGCAGGUUUUGUAGAUGACGGAAAACUAGUAUUUGGAUCUGGUUCGGUUCCCCUUCUUGCACCUAAUAAGUUAAAAAAGAAAUCUACGAAGCGAGGAGCCACUGAAGAACCUGAAAACAUAGCGGAGUUGAAGCCUAAGAAGAUUGUUCGCAUUGUGCCGCGCCAACCAUGUGUAGCUCAUAAUCUAAACAGGAUGACUAGAAAUUCUCACAUGCCAAUAGUUCUACGGUCACAGCAAUUCAAUUGGGAAAAAGUUUUGUCUUCGGAUCCUGAACGACAGUUGAAAAAGCUGUCUCGUCCUGUAGUGAGAGCAGAGCCUCCGCUUUCUAAUGAGGAGCCAGUUAGAAAACACACUCCCACCACACCCUCUCGACCCACACCGGCUAUGUUAAGUGUGCUGGCUCGCAAGAAGGAGCGAAAUUCUUCAGGAGCUGCUGCUCUUAGAAAAACUCGUAGUGACAGUAGUCGAAGUUGUAGUCCAAUGUUAGAGUCCUCUCCCUUUGGGGCACUUACCUACGCAAUGGAGGAAGUUUUGAAAAGAAGAGAAGAACUUGCAGCUAUGGCAAAUGUACCAUUCGACUUCUAUGAGGGUGACGACUCUGAUUUAGAAUGCCUUCACAGAGUUACACGAUCAGGCCAUAGAGUAUUUAAGCGAAGAUCUCCAAGAUUGAAAUUCAAAAGAACUGCAAACAUUCAAUCUCCAGGUUAGUUGGCACAACAACCUGGCAACAGAUUGAUCAGUACUGUUAGGUGAUCCCAGUUCUCAGAAGGGUUCACUUUUUUUAAUGUCUGAUAUGAAUUUAGUGUAAUGUUUUCUCUCCAGGUGGCAAGAGGAAGGCUGUGAUAAAUCAAAAUAAAAAAUGUAGAUACUCCCCUUCCACACAUCCAAGAUCACAUGACACGUUGAGAGGGUAGUGUUUAACACUUGACUUUCCUGUACAUUCAAAGAUGAUUUGUUCCUUAAUAGACCUUGCUCUUUUAUUAAUGACUGAUUUGUAGUUACUCUAGCAUUUCUUCCAUAGCAAUGCCUUUCCGGAAAGUACUCACCCUUACAAAAGUUAGUCAUACAAUGUGCGUAUUUUAUAUUGGGUGUAUGUACGUGUGUGAGAAAGAAGCAGUGUGGUUUGUGCUCAGCACCGUCCAUUGGACAGGUAUUGAAAUAAGUGUAGGCUAAAGACUGCAAUAUAUCCUCGACUCAGACUGAACAGACAAGAAGUUAUGUUGAAAAAAUGCUUCGGGUGUUACAUUGCAAAUGUUUUAAAUUGUGUGGUUGGGUUGUAUUUUUAUAUAAUAUUGAUAUGGUAGGCUUUAUGCAAGACAGAAGUUCCUUAUAUUACUUAUCUUGCAUGAAUAGCCAGCUCUGCUUUGUGUGAAGUGUAGUAAAUAUGAUUCGAGACAAGUAGACUGAAUAAAACUUGUGGGAAUGGUAGUUCCCUAGUCAAAUGAAACAUAAGCAGCUGCAAGUUGGUAAUAUUUUAGGAUGUUGCUUCUCUGCUGAAAGUAGUAGCAGGCAAAGAAUUCCUAACAUGGCUGCCAGAAUUUUGUGGUGUAGGCCUCAUCUUUUCUUCACAAGAGAAGCGUUUGUAGACUAAAUGUUUGUGAAUUGUAAAUGAAUGAAUGUAAAUUUUGUACUUUUCUGUGAAUAAUGUGAAAUACCAAUUUGUAUGUAUGUGUGCAUGUGCAUAUUCAAAUAAUUCAAAGGAGUAGUUGUUUUAAUAGUCAUGUUUUGUAGAUUGACAAUUCUAAUGAGCCACUGUAUUAAGUAAUAUGCAGCCGAGCUCAAUAUGAAGUUUGCUCUCUUUAUAUCUAUAGUCGUACAUGUUGACCAAUUUCUUUUAAAACUAAAUAAUUGAUGGAGGAAUCUUUGUUUUACUAGGAAAUGUAUAAACUGGUCAAGUUUCAACAUUGAGUAUAGGCAAAAAUAGUUUUUAAUUUUAAAUCUGUACAUUGGUAUGCAGACUGUGCUGCACUUGUGAGAAGAUUUUGGCACAAAUACAUGUACAGUAGGUGAAACAACUUGUAGCAGUACUAGUCCACAAUGCAGCACAGUCUUAAUGUUAAAAUAAAAUUAUAAUAAAAACUGCGCAAGUUUUCACAAGAGUUGCACUACAAACAUGAGUACUGAUAAAAAUUUGACUUAUAUACUUCUGUAUAUAUAUCUAAAUCUUAUAUAACAAUGUAAUUUUAAUGUUGUAGUAUACAAUAAACUGUCUUUGCAGAAGAGAUGACUUGUUAAUAAUGUAAGAGUUCUAAGCAUCCUCACUCUGUGCCACGCCCUUGUAGCUUCUGAGAACUGUAGUCUUCAAUGUGCAUUCCUGAAGUGU